AUGGCGGCGCUGAGCAGCAGCGGCAGCGCCGAGGGGGCAUCGCUUUUCAACGGGGACAUGGAACCCGAGCCGCCUCCGCCCGGGCCCUCCUACGCCGGGGGUAGCGGCAGCGCCGGAGGCGACUCUGCCAUCCCGGAGGAGGUGUGGAAUAUCAAACAGAUGAUUAAAUUAACCCAAGAACACAUAGAAGCUCUACUAGACAAGUUUGGAGGAGAACACAAUCCACCCUCAAUCUAUUUGGAGGCAUACGAGGAAUACACCAGCAAGUUAGAUGCAUUACAACAGAGAGAGCAACAGUUGUUGGAAUCAAUGGGAAAUGGAACUGAUUUCUCGGUCUCCAGUUCUGCCUCAACAGAAACAGUUACUUCAUCUUCUUCUUCUAGUCUUUCUGUAGCACCUUCAUCUCUCUCUGUGUAUCAGAAUCCUAUAGAUUUAUCACGGAGUAACCCUAAAUCUCCUCAGAAGCCUACUGUUAGAGUUUUCCUACCCAACAAACAGAGGACUGUGGUUCCAGCACGAUGUGGAGUAACAGUCCGGGAGAGUCUAAAGAAAGCUCUGAUGAUGCGAGGUCUUAUCCCAGAGUGCUGUGCUGUUUACCGUAUACAGGAUGGGGAAAAGAAGCCCAUUGGUUGGGACACAGACAUUUCCUGGUUGACGGGAGAAGAACUACAUGUGGAAGUCUUGGAGAAUGUGCCUCUUACAACACAUAAUUUUGUACGGAAGACAUUCUUCACUUUAGCGUUUUGUGAUUUCUGCAGAAAGUUGCUUUUCCAGGGAUUCCGUUGCCAGACUUGUGGUUACAAAUUUCAUCAGCGUUGCAGUACUGAAGUGCCACUAAUGUGUGUGAAUUAUGAUCAGCUUGAUUUACUUUUUGUUUCCAAAUUCUUUGAACAUCAUCCAAUACCACAAGAAGAGACCUCUGUAGGGGAGACCACACCAGCAUCUGGAUCAUACCCUUCAGUGGCCCUUUCAGAUUCUUCUGUCCCACCAAUUCUCCCCAGUCCAUCUCCUUCAAAAUCCAUUCCAAUACCCCAGCCAUUCCGACCUGCAGAUGAAGACCAUCGAAAUCAGUUUGGUCAACGUGAUCGCUCAUCAUCUGCCCCCAAUGUGCACAUCAAUACAAUAGAGCCGGUCAAUAUUGAUGACUUGAUUAGAGAUCAAGGGUUGCGAGGCGAGGGAGGCUCAACUACAGGAUUGUCUGCUACACCACCUGCGUCUUUACCUGGAUCUCUCACUAAUGUGAAAGCAUUACAGAAAUCCCCAGGGCCCCAGAGAGAGAGGAAGUCCUCAUCAUCUUCUGAAGAUCGAACUAGAAUGAAAACCCUAGGUCGACGAGAUUCAAGUGAUGACUGGGAGAUACCAGAUGGUCAGAUCACAGUUGGACAAAGGAUAGGCUCUGGUUCAUUUGGGACAGUCUAUAAAGGGAAAUGGCAUGGUGAUGUUGCAGUGAAAAUGUUGAAUGUUACAGCUCCCACCCCUCAGCAGCUACAGGCUUUUAAAAAUGAAGUAGGAGUUCUCAGGAAAACACGACAUGUGAAUAUAUUACUUUUCAUGGGUUAUUCAACAAAGCCACAGCUGGCUAUAGUUACGCAGUGGUGUGAAGGGUCGAGUCUUUAUCACCAUCUACACAUCAUUGAAACUAAAUUUGAAAUGAUCAAGCUGAUUGAUAUAGCACGCCAGACAGCACAAGGAAUGGAUUACUUGCAUGCCAAGUCUAUCAUCCACAGAGACCUCAAGAGUAAUAAUAUAUUUCUUCAUGAAGACCUCACAGUAAAAAUAGGCGAUUUUGGUCUAGCAACAGUGAAGUCACGAUGGAGUGGAUCCCACCAAUUUGAACAAUUGUCUGGAUCAAUUCUAUGGAUGGCACCUGAGGUUAUUAGGAUGCAAGACAAAAAUCCAUAUAGCUUUCAAUCAGAUGUGUAUGCAUUUGGAAUUGUCCUUUAUGAACUGAUGACUGGGCAAUUGCCAUAUUCCAACAUCAACAAUAGAGACCAGAUUAUAUUUAUGGUGGGACGAGGGUAUCUUUCUCCGGAUCUCAGCAAAGUGCGAAGCAAUUGUCCCAAAGCCAUGAAGAGACUAAUGGCAGAAUGCCUGAAAAAAAAGAGAGAUGAAAGGCCUCUCUUCCCCCAGAUCCUUGCAUCUAUUGAGCUUCUGGCCCGGUCGUUGCCAAAAAUUCACCGCAGCGCAUCUGAACCCUCUUUGAACCGUGCUGGUUUCCAAACAGAGGAUUUUAGCUUGUAUGCUUGCACGUCUCCAAAAACACCUAUCCAGGCGGGGGGAUACGGCGAAUUUGCAGCGUUCAAGUAG